AGCUAAUAAGCAAUUAUAUGGCAAUUAUUUGAACUUUGUGUUUUGAUAAUAUGGUAAUUUUUGUCAGGCUCUCCACGUGCUACCCAAGGGUCUUUUCAUAACCGUGCCCAGUAAAUUCGUACAGUUAUGAAUACAUUAAGGGCAAAACCAGCGUGCAAGUUUUUAGUUUACACUUAAGAACACAAAAUAUACUCUGCAUUACUUCCAGGCGUGUGUAUUUUGGCUGCUUAGGACGCCGUACUGCGGCUAAAACUACAUGUUUUCAAAAUAAGUGAAGUGCGUCAGAGUGCGUAGAUUGUACAACGCCGGUUUUUUAUUAUAUACAUAUAUAUAGGGAGUAUGGUUGACUCUGAUUGGCUGUUUUGCAAACCCGUGCAAAAUGAGCUCAGAGGUGUGCCCAUUCUGCGGGAAACCGUUCAAAAGGCUCAAGAGCCACCUGCCCCAUUGCAAAGCAGCAGAUCGCUCCAAAACUCCUCCAGCGCCACAUGAUGGCGCUGCGAGUCAGAAGUCUUUAUCGCUGUCGUCCCCUCAAGAGACCCCAGCGCUGCCACAAAAAACACCAAAGAGCAAGAAGUCCACAUUAUCAUCAGCGAUAACUCCACAGGCAAACAGAAGUAAGAAGGUGUCCGUAUCAUCAGCAGCAACAGAGCCAGCAUCGGAGUCGGCACGACAAGCAGCACCUUUGAAGGGUGUAAAUGCAUCAUCCUCUUCACGGUCCUCUUCAUCUCCAAAUGCUGUGUCGCUUUCAGCAUCAACCAAGAGGAAACAGAGGCUGGCCGAUCAAAUCAAGAUGGCUGCCACAUCCUCGUCCUCCACCAUCUCCAUAUCCUCCUCUGCGUCUCCAUCUUCAUCUCUGUCUCCCUCUCCUGUCCCAUCCAAGACAAAAAAGAAGAGUCUCCGCGCUCUGAUAGAAGCUGCAAAGUCCAGCACAGCUCCUGAUGGAUCACUGAUGGGAACCAAAUCUACCUCGCAAGACCUCCUCUCAGUCUCGACCCCUCUUUACCUGGCAGCAGAUCCCUUAACCUCCAACAGACCAUCACCGAAAGGGACCAGAGUGAAUCCAGACAAAGACUCAGAUAUCCAGCCUGCUUCUUCAUCGACAGACACCAAACCCAAAGGUGCCACUAAGAAGACGGCCUCACAGACAGACAAGGAUGCACAGUCCCCAUCAGCUACAGAUGCUUCCUCUGACUCUCAGGACUCUAAAGAGGAGCAUCUUAGAAAUAGCGCAAAACCCAGUGGAAGAGACAAGAGGGAGGACAGUGAGGGAAAAGGUGAGGACUUAUUUGGAAAGGAGAGGUUUUGGAGAUCAGAAAGAGGUCAUCAGGCCAGGAUCACACUCCAGGAUGUUAAAUCCACCUUAACCCAAUCUAACAUCCGUCAUCAGUCCAGCAAGCGAAGCACAAUGAGCCCGAUCAAAACCAAUGAUAACUUACCAGGUAAACCUGAAACCAAAGGACCAUUCAGUACCAGUCUCAAUGAACUUUUAGCUCCAGCACUGAAUCAAACUGAAUGGGGUGUUAACCGAGUGUUAUCACCUGCUACUCAGUCAGACCAAUCAGCCAGCACUGGCUCUGAAAAUAUGGAGCAACCAUCAGUCAAGGAAAAGAGUCCCAAGAAAGUCACCAUGUCUAAACAAGCACCUUUAAUCCCACCGCAAGAUGAUGGUCCAGCUCAACCCAAACCAGCCUCUUUGCUCUCUCCUGUUCCUGUCCUCCACCCCGGUCUGCCAUCGUCUUUAGUAAGCCUUGCUGCACCCAGUGUGAACCAGGGGCUGAAUUCAAGCAAUCACAAGAUGGGAAUCCUCACAGGAUCACCGUCAGGCACACAAUUUAUGGAAAGGGGAACCCGCGCCUCUCCCUCCUCUUCCGCCGCUCCUCCUUUCCUUUCCUCUCCCUGGAGUUCGCCAGUGAAGGCGGAGACAGUAAGAGCUGGUGAAGGAUUUAUGAAUGAGAAAACACAGUUCACGAUCAGGGAGCAAAACGUUGCUGAUAAUGUUCCUAAAGGUGCCCUGGCACAGCGGAGUCUUGGGCAGGUGAGACUGCGGGAGCUGCCUGAAUGGCUGACCAUCAAAACCCCCAGCAGCCCCAGAGAGAUCCCGGAAAUGCUGCAAAGAGGCUGGCAGUGGUAUUACAGGAGGUACAUCGAUGUGAGGAAAGGCGGCAUUGGUGGAGUGGGCAUGCUCUUGGCAGGAUAUUGUGUCCUCAGCUACAUUUGGAGCUACCCUCAUAUAAAGCGUGAUCGCUGGAGGAAGUACCACUAAGGUCAGAGGAAGAUGUUUUGGACAGGCGUGACUGUACAUGAGGAAACAGCAGCUGUGGCAGAAACUAAAAAAAAAAAAGGGAGGAUCAGGUCUUUUGGACGUCUGUCCGAUCCUAAUAAAACGCUCAGCUUUCUGAAUGAACAAUGAGAAAUUAGCACUGGCUUCCUUGUCAGCGCUUGGAUCAGCACAGUUUUUUCUCCACAUCACGUGCAAUCCGCUCUGUCUUCCUCCACUCGCUGGGAACUGUUUUUUUUUGGCUGUGAUUCUCACUUAUGGUUUCAUUCCCCUCUGGCUCGCGAUUGCAUAGGCUUCUAAAAAUCCUUAACACUUCAUUCAGUUUCUCACUUUUAGAUGAAAGCCGCCUGUUAUUGAGUAACUUAUAAAUGAAGUCUGUAGGCAUGACAGAAUGUGAAACAUGUUUGCUAAGUAUCGUUUUUCAGUCAUUUCAUUAUUUGUGCACCGCAUACUCAUCUGUGUUUCUCUAAAUUAUUUAGGUGGCUUUGUAGUUUAUUUUGACGAUUGGAUUGUGAAAGGGAAGAAUAUGCCUUUGCAAAACGGCAUUUGUUUUGUUUUGUUUUGUUUUUAAAUAGUAGUGUGAAUUUGUUUCAUGUGAAAAACCCAUAUUAAUAGCAUCAGCACUGCCCCUGUAGUGAUGAGUUAAGGUCCCAGUGUGCUCCCUAGGUCCUCCACUAGGUGUCACUGUCGGGUUGCAUUUACCUAAACCAAGGGAUUAGGCAACUGAAUGUUUGCUAUGCAGAGUUUUCUUAGUUCCUUUGUGCAGAGGCUCUGGUGCUGAGGUCCAUGGCAGGAUUUAAGCAGGCUAAAAUAACAGAUUUCUAACUCUGUAGUAAAGACAAAAUUUUUACCAUAGUCGUGAGAUAGAGAGAAGCCAUGUGAAACACGCUGUUUCUUUGCAUCAGCAUCCAUGAAAAGAGCAUAUCUGUGUAAAAUGGGCCUAAAAAUCUGGUUUUCUGGUCCUGUGUGGAAAUGUUUGCCAUGUCACAUGAUGUUAUUAUGCAUGCUUAGUUUGUCCCCUGUGUGAGUGUCUGAACUACUGCCAGUAUGUGAACACUGACAGAAUAGUAAUGGACGGACGCUGAAGAGCUUCUCAGCCGGACUGGACCAGUUUGUGAUUGUAUUCAAAAUGAAUUUAUUAUUGACUCUCCUUGCUGCUGUAGUGAAUACACAUUAGCUACAAAUGAAGAACUGACAGUAUUUUUUGUAACGAUUUCCUGACGCCACUUCUUAGCCAACACAAUAAAAAAUAACAUUUCCA